UGUAAUAAUUGUUUCUGUAGUUUUGGAGGUUUUUCUUAACACAAAUGUCGUCAACUCGAACCUGGUGAUGAUGACAAGACUGAACUGUUCUCUUGAUGAAAACAUUUGUCUUCAUAACAUUUGCAAGUUGACCCUUGUCCGCAAAAAGGUCAACCUUAUAGAUUUUGCCUGCUACUUCGAGAAAAAACAGGAUGAUUUGAUGUUUCGCUUGCAGCUUCACAGAAUUGGUAGCGGAGCUAGAAAGAUUAUCGACGCUACUGAGGAUUUCUGUCAAAUGAUUUCGAAAGAAGGACGUGGGUCUGUUUUGACUCGAUUCAUACCUAGUGUAGAGGGUCACGGAAAUAUUUUGAGCAAAUGUCCACUAAUCGGAAACGUUACACUCAUGAGAUAUCCAAUGGACUUCUCUUUUGUGCCGUUCGUACUAACGCCCGGAAACUACAGACUCAUUGCAACAUUCAGGAGUAAGAAUUCAACGAAGAAACAGCCGCUCAUCAACGGCGAUCUGUACUUUAGUGUUCGCAAGAUGUUCAGGAAGAAAUGAAAUCGGGUCUUUCACAAAUGUUUUAAGUGCUUACAGUCUUUGCACCUCCUCAUUUAUAUCUUCAAA